AUGCCCUGUACCCCACAGUUAAGCCUAACCCUAUUCGCCGAUAGGUCAAUGUCGUGCGUCCACGGCAAGGAGGGAACGGUCAGAACAUCAGUUCAGACAUCCACAUCUUGGAAAGCUCCUAUCAUAUGGGAUGGGAUGUUCGACCCCAAUCUUUACGAUCAAAGGCACACUGAAGAAAAGUCAUCUGUGGCCCUCACAGUGUUUGCUGUGGGAAGGUACCUGGAUGCCUACCUCAAGACUUUCCUAACCUCAGCAGAACAACAUUUUAUGGUGGGGUUACCAGUGACGUAUUAUGUGUUCACAGAUUCACCAGAGAAAGUACCAAACAUCACACUUGGGUCUCACAGAAACAUAAAAGUUAUCCCAGUGGAAAAGCACACGAGGUGGCAGGACAUCUCUAUGAUGCGAAUGAGGACAAUAUCAGAAGCUAUAGAGUCAGAGAUCCGUCACAGAUUUUGUUAUGUCUUCUGUUUUGAUGUGGAUCAGGAGUUUAAGGGGAGAUUUGGGUCCGAAGCACUGGGUGAUUCUGUGGCUUUGCUCCAUGCCCACUUUUAUAAAUUACCACAGGCCCAGUUUACUUAUGACAGAAAUCCCAAAUCUAAAGCCUUCAUGGAAACUGGAGAUUUCUACUACCAUGCUGCUAUCUUUGGAGGACUGUGGCAAAAUGUAAAGGAUCUGGUAGAUGCCUGUUAUCUGGGGAUCAUAGAGGAUAAACUAAAUAAUGUGGAAGCUCUGUGGCACGAUGAGAGCCAUCUAAACAAGUACUUUUGGAUUCAUAAACCAAGCAAGCUGCUCUCUCCAGAGUACUGCUGGGACCAGAGCAUUUGGGGCAAGCAGGAUAUACUUGUCACCCGCCUAGUGUGGGCACCAAAACAUUAUGACACACUUCGUAGUGGGUAGAGUGACCAGAAAUAACUUUCUGAGAAAAGUUAGCACUAACGCACCUUUAGCCUAAUGGGUAAGAGGCCACUCAAGGCAGUGACACACCAUAAACAGAUUAAGUAAUGUUAUCCUAUAGCUAAAAGUCAUGUUCUUAAGAAAUAGGAAAAAAAAUCCAGCAAAAGAUUACAGUCAUCUGUAAAAUAGUGGUGGUGAUGGGGA